CGGACGUGAAACCAGAGUUAGAAAUAACAUAAUUUCUGAAAACUUGGGAAACAACAAUUCUCACUCCGCGGCCCUCUCUCUGUCUGUCUCUCUCCUACUUGAGUCCUUUUCUUCCCCACUCUCCCCACUCUCUCUCCUCACUUUGCCAGUUGACACUCUUUCUCUCUCCUCUAACCCUUUUCCUGUCUUCAAUGUUAAACUCACAGCAACGGCAACAUCACAUUCUGCAUUUUCAGUAGCUCUUCCGAUUUUAUUGAGAGUUUUGUGGGGUCCAAAACAGCAUUGAUUGUGUGAAGAAGAUCUAAUACUAGUGCCCCCAUUUGCAAAUUCACACCUUGUGUUGUGUUAAAGGGAGGGAAGAGUUGUGUUCCAUUAUGCAGACUGGAAAGGCAAGCAGAGGAAGUCCCAAGGAGUCACCUCAGAAAGUUUCCACAAGACCAGUCAGACAGCUGAAAAUAACUUCAGCUGAGCUGAGCUCCUCAUCCCCGUCAAGUAAUGCUACUGCUAAGACUCCUAACCGAAGUCCUAAAGUUUCGGAGCGUAGAUCACCAAGGAGCCCAAUUUCGGAGAAGAAACGACCAAGCAAAUUGUCGGAAUUAGAAUCGCAGAUUUCCAAACUCCAGGAUGAUUUGAAAAAGGUGAAAGACCAACUGGUUGCUUCUGAAUCGGUUAAAAAGGAGGCUCAGGAAGAUGCAGAGGAAGCGAAAAGGCAACUAGCAGAUGUUUCUUCAAAACUAGAAGAAUCCGAAAAGCAACUUUGUGAACAUCUUGCUUCAAAGAAAGAAAAUAUUGUAGAUCUUGAAAAAAUUUCAGAGGGAAAGGAACAAGAAUGGGAAUCUCAGAUUGAGUCUGUUCGCAAGCAGCACUCGAUUGAUUCAGCUGCUUUAGCUUCAGCCUUGGACGAAAUUGAAAAGCUAAAGCUGCAUCUUGAGAAGGUGACUGAAUCUGGUGACGUACAGGUUAAACAAAGUGAAACUGCACAUUCCGAGCUCCAAAGCUUGAAAGAUAACUUGGCUGAAACUCUCUCUGUUGUUGAAAGCAUGAAACAAGAGCUAAAAGAAUCUAGAGUAUCUGAAGCUCAAGCACAGGAGCUAGUCAGGGAAACCCUACUCCAACUAGAAGCAGCUAAGGAAACUGUAAAAGCCCUCAGAUCAGAUGUCAACAGAUCCACAGAAGCGUACAAUUCUGUUACUUCUGAACUAGAGCAGUCAAAAGCACAUGCAUGCUAUCUUGAAGGAGUCGUCCAAGGACUUAAGGUGGACCUCAUGAAACUCAGCAGCGUUAAUUCUCUUGAAACCGCUGGUGAUCAGAUAUUGCCAGAGGAUGUCCAUCAGCUUCAGAUAGAGCUACAAGCUGCAAAGUCCGAUGUGAGACAUCUUAAAUGCGCAUUAGAAGCUGCUGAGAUAAGAUACAAUGAAGAACGAUCUCACAACAGCACGCAGAUUGGAAAUGCAUCUCAACUCUUGGAGAAAAUCAAGUUGCAAUCUAGCUUAAGAGAGACUGAGCUGGAAGUGGAGUUGAAGAAAGCUAGUGCAAAUAUUGAAGAGCUGAAGGCAAACCUGAUGGAUAAGGAAACUGAAUUGCAAGGCAUUUCAGAUGAGAAUGAUAGCUUGAAUCUGAAGCUUGAGAAAUCUUUAGGAUGCCAAAUUGAGCAGGAAGUGGACAAUGAGCUGAAAAAGCUGAGGGAACAUGUAUCUGAUUUAAGAGCAAAUUUGAUGGAUAAGGAGACAGAACUACAGAGCAUAUCAGAGGAGAAUGAAAUGCUGAAGCUAGAAAUCAGUAAACGGGAAAUGGACAAGAGUGUUGAAAAUGACCAAGCCGUUGCUGAGGUGGAUGCAUCCCGAGCUGCCGAGCAAGAGGCAGUGACAAAGCUAGCGUACAUGAUGGAAGAAGUAGAUAAGAGUAACAGUAAAACAGCGAGGGUUGUUGAGCAACUAGAGGCAUCUCAAGCAGCAAAUGCAGAUUUGGAGGCAGAGCUAAGAAGACUUAAAGUGCAGUCUGAUCAGUGGAGAAAGGCAGCUGAAGCUGCUGCUUCUAUGCUGUCACCUGGAAGCAAUGGGAAAUAUGUGGAGCGAACUGGAUCAUUGCCUUUAGAUAACAAAUAUAGCCCUGUUGGUGGGAGACAUAGAUCACCAUACUUGGAUGACUAUGAUGACGAUUCCUUCAAGAAGAAAAAUGGCAAUGUCCUGAAAAAGAUCGGAGUUUUGUGGAAGAAACCACAGAAAUGACAUACUGAAACAGAUAUUCAAGGUGCUUCUCGUUGUAACCGCUGGAUGAAUCUGCAACUUACACUGGAUGAUCAAAGAUUUUUGCAGUAUUCAGUUUCAGUAAUGAAAAGACUAGUAAUGUCGUCCAAGAAUCCUUUUGUCAAUGUAUAUGUAUUAGACUAGUUGGAAGUAGCAGGUUUUCGUUUAUGCAACUGUAAUUUUGGUAAGCCGAAUUUGUAUAUCUGGUUUACUGAUGAUGGUCUCCGCUAGUUAUUUAUGACUCGUAUGCAUGUAAAACCCUUUUAUGGAGAUUCAAUUGCAUAUGAUGGUGGAGAAAGAAAAAUAUAUUUUGCCUUUUUCCGGUUGAA